AUGAGCUUUGAGUUUAUCAACGCUAUUUGUGACCUGAUAGCCUUGUUUUUUGUGUUUCAACUUCGAUAUGUAGACGUACAGAUUAUUCGCGGUGCAGGACAUCACGUCUAUGCUGAUUCUCCAACUUCUUUCAAUGAAGUUGUCCACACGAUCGUUAAUGAACAGGAAAAACUCAGUCAGAGUAAUGAGCACUCCGAAGCGCAAUCUGCAGAAGAGGCAGCAUCUUAAUUGUGCAUUUCAUUUCUAUUAGAAAGUUCCUAUUAUUUUCGAACUCUAAAAUUUUCGUCGUCUCAGGGUAGCAUCCUACGCUAUAUCUAGCUUGUUCAAUGUUUACGAUUUGUAUUCAAGAUCCGAUUUUUGCCUAGGUAUGCCACUACUGUACCAUCGUACGAUUGUUCUUCUGCGAUUAUAAGAACCCCCAAGCGUUUUUCUGCUUGAUUUUCACGUCUUUCCUGAACAGUCAUCAUUACAGACCCAAGAAGGGAAGUACAUGGAUAGAGCUC